AUGGCAACAACUGAAGCGAAUUUUCCAAAGCUUGAUCUGCAUCCAAUCAUCAUGGCUGAACAGACUGGCGAAGCAUCCUCUUCGUCCUCCGCCCCAGCACCCGCAUCACCAGUCUGCGCACAAUGCUCCGCACAGCCGGAUUCUCUCAAGCAGUGUAUCAAGUGCCACAGCGUGUCGUACUGCAACCGCGAGUGCCAAAAAGCGCACUUCAAGACUCACAAGAAAGAGUGUGCGAGUCUGGCACAGGAGUACGUGAAGACGCAUGAGCCUAAAAUGGCGAGUAGGGCGCCACCCAGGGAAAGCGGCAAGAACAAGGGCAUUGGAAAGUGGGAGGUAAGUGUAGAUGGGUUGUUCCGGGGAAAAUGA